AUGGCCCAGGUCAGCAUCAACAGUGACCUUGGCGAGUGGGGCUUAAGCACAGACUCCGGGGAGCGUGCCCGUCUUCUGCAGAGUCCCUCUGUGGACACAGCCCCCAAGAGUGAGGGGGAGGCCCCUCCUGGGGGUCUGGGCAGAGGCACCACUUCCACACUUGGAGCCAUCUUCAUCGUUGUCAAUGCCUGCCUGGGCGCAGGGCUGCUCAACUUCCCAGCAGCCUUCAGCACUGCCGGGGGAGUGGCAGCUGGCAUCACGCUGCAGAUGGCCAUGCUGAUUUUCAUCAUCAGUGGCCUCGUCAUCCUGGCCUACUGCUCCCAGGCCAGCAAUGAGAGGACCUACCAGGAGGUGGUGUGGGCUGUGUGUGGCAAGCUGACAGGCGUGCUGUGUGAGGUGGCCAUUGCCACCUACACCUUCGGGACCUGCAUCGCCUUCCUCAUCAUCAUCGGGGACCAGCAGGACAAGAUUAUAGCUGUGAUGGCAAAGGAGCCUGAGGGGGCCGGCGGCAGCCCCUGGUACACAGACCGCAAGUUCACCAUCAGCCUCACUGCCUUCCUCUUCAUCCUGCCCCUUUCCAUCCCCAGGGAGAUCGGCUUCCAGAAAUAUGCCAGGCCAGCUUCCUGGAUAGCCGUGUUCAAUGCCAUGCCCACCAUCUGCUUCGGAUUUCAGUGCCACGUGAGCAGUGUACCCGUCUUCAACAGCAUGCGGCGGCCUGAGGUGAAGACCUGGGGUGGGGUGGUGACAGCCGCCAUGGUCAUAGCCCUCGCUGUCUACAUGGGCACAGGCAUCUGUGGCUUCCUGACCUUUGGAGCUGCUGUGGACCCCGACGUGCUCCUGUCCUACCCGUCGGAGGACAUGGCUGUGGCCGUCGCCCGCGCCUUCAUCAUCCUGAGCGUGCUAACCUCCUACCCCAUCCUGCACUUCUGUGGGCGGGCGGUGGUCGAAGGCCUGUGGCUGCGCUACCAGGGGAUGCCCGUGGAGGAGGACGUGGGGCGGGAGCGGCGGCGGCGAGUCCUGCAGACGCUGGUCUGGUUCCUGCUCACCCUGCUGCUGGCGCUCUUCAUCCCUGACAUCGGCAAGGUCAUCUCAGUCAUUGGAGGGCUGGCCGCCUGCUUCAUCUUCGUCUUCCCAGGGCUGUGCCUCAUUCAAGCCAAACUCUCUGAGAUGGAGGAAGUCAAGCCAGCCAGCUGGUGGGCGAUGGUCAGUUAUGGAGUUCUCUUGGUCACCCUGGGAGCCUUCAUCUUCGGCCAGACCACAGCCAACACCAUUUUUGUGGAUCUCUUGGCAUAA